UUCAAUGAACUUAAUUAGACAAUUUAUGCGAGUUAAAUAAAAACAGUAGUUUUCGGUGAGUAUUUAAAAAUUGGUAACGACUAGAAUUCACCAGUAACAAUUAGUUUUUCACCUUGUCAUACCCCCACCUUUCCAUUUGAUUGAGGAAAGUAUUGAAGAUUGUCUUCCGAAAUGAUUAAUUUCGUAGCACUCCUUUUCCUCUUGUGCAGCUCGGCUGUACUUGGUUGCCCGCACUCCAACGCUGCUAUAUCCUCAGUUGUUUCAGCUGCAGGACCAAUCCAAGCUCAAUCUAUAUUACAACCAGCACCACAAAUCAUAACUAAGAAAGUACCAUUCCCAGUUCCAUUUCAAAUUGUUGAUCCUUUCCCUGUAGAAGAAGUGGUAGCUGUACCUCAACCAGUACCAUGUGGUGUAAGUGUCCCUCAACCUGUGUCAGUCCCUGUGCCAGUACCAGUUCAAGAUGCUGUGGAAAUCCCUGUGUUUGUGCCUGUUCUUCAACCAGUCUCAGUACCUCAGUUAUUCCCUAUCGACGUUGCUGUUCCUGUCCCAGUGGAGCAGCCCAUUAAUGUUCGUGUUCCUAUACCAGUUGGCCAAAAUGUUCCUUAUCCUGUUCCUAUAGUCCAAGUUUCUGUGAACAAAAUUCCCCGUCCCGUUCCAAUACCUCAACCUGUGCCACAAGUUGUGUCAGAAGUUGUACAAGUUCCUCAGCCUGUACCAGUACCCUGCGCACAACAAGUACCCGUACCCCAACCAUACCCCGUACAAGUUCCCGUACCACAACCUCUGCCCUGCGCAGUUAUACAAGAAGUACCCGCCCCUCAAUUAAUACCUGUGCCGGAAGCUAUCUCAGUACCUCAGCCCGUUCCUGUACCUUGUGGUUUAUACUUUUAACCUUAGAAUAAUUAACUGAAUAAUGUUUUUUAUAAGAAAGAAACCGGAUAUAUUUCUAUUUACAUUUAAACUGAUAAACCUGUAGGU